AUGGGCGCCCUGUCUGCUUCGACUUCGUCGGUGAACUGGCUAGUCGAGGACGACAUCCUCCUCAAGAACGCCGUCGAGGCUGGUGCCUCAUUGGAGUCCUUAGCCAAAGGAGCUGUAUGUUUUUCCCGUAAAUUCACUCUUCAAGAAAUACAGGACCGCUGGAAUUCAUUGCUAUAUGACCCAGAGAUCUCAACACAAGCAGCUUCUCGGAUGGCUGAGUAUGAGAAUGAACUUUUCACUUCCGAUCCAGCCAAGGCACAUAAACUUUUCAACUCAAAAGCAAAGGAUUUUUCAUUUCAGAAACGGAAAAUAGACAGUGUAAAGAAUCUAUAUUAUGCGAUGAGAAAGAGAGUACACAAUGAUCCAUGUAACAGUGGUGACCUUGGAUUUCUUGUUGCCCCCUGUUCAUGUAUGGCAACUGGUAGUGACUGUGUCUGUGGAGGCCUACCUAACAGUAUUGAACCAGAGCUGAAUUCAGUGAGCCGCUAUGGGCAAGUGGGUUCAAGCUACAAUGGUGGACAUGCAUAUUCUGAAAUGAAUGGACAAUCUUUUCAUACGAAGCAUACUGAGAGCAUGUCAAGAGAUGGGGGUGGCACCAAUAAUGUUGUGUAUGGCUACUCAGAUGUAGGCCAACUAUACGAACAUCAUGCCUAUGCAGCAAAUAAUCAUGGGAAUAGUGAAGGGAACAAUGUUUCUCUAAAGAGUAUCGCAGAUUUUCAGGAUUCUAUGCAGUUUCAGCAGUUGGACAACAAUCAAUGUGGUAAUGGAGUGGUAGACUCAAAGGCUUUGGUGAUUCCUAACCAUUUCAGUGGAAGUGUGCAGGAACCUAUGCCUCUCCAAGUGAUUGGUCAACCUGAGGGUUCUGAAGCACCAGGUGGUGCAAUCUGGAGUGGGGUUCAGCGAAGAGACAAGCUCACUCUUGCUGAUGAUAAGAAUGUAAAGUCAGAAAACAGGGACCCUCUCACAUUCGAAGCAAAUUUAGAUGGUGGGAUGUCUGGUUUAGAUCACGCUGGAGAUUUUAUGGACUUCCCAUUUUUCAGUAAUAGUGAAGACUUUGAUAUCCUGAAUAGUGAGAUUUUUUUGAAUUCUCCAAGUGAGGGAAACCAGGAGGAUUUAGACGAUCCUGCCUUCAAAGUUGUUCAUGGGGUUAGAACAACAACAACCAUGCAAAAUCUGGUGCAUCCCGAUGAAGCCAAUAUGUCCUGUGAUCAAAUAGAUCUUGGCGAUGUAAAAAAUAAUGUAGAUGCUUCUGGUAUAAUCUUAGUUCCUACUCCCUUACUAGUGCCCUGUCCUGGCCUGUAUGUGGAGUGCAAAUUGAACACAGAAGAUCCUGAAAUUCCUUGCAAUGAUGAUGUUUCUACACCAACAGAGUAUCCUCUUGAAUGCUGUACUUCUACCUUUGGGCAGAAAUCUGAGAAUACUAUCUAUUCAGCCUCCCCUGCAACCAGCCCUCCAUCAAAUGCUGAACAGCCCAAAACAAAGGACUUGGCCAUAAUAAUAAAGAGUGAAGAUAUGGCAAAUGUCCAACCUUCGUUACAAACAAUUAAGAUGAACCCAUCCACUUCAGAACAAAAAGAAGAUUCAGUGGCUCAUGACGAAGGUAGUGUCCUAGGAGCUAAACCGUUAGAAGGUGCUUCAACAACUGGAGCCCUUUUGACUGGUAACAUUGACACAAAUGAUGCAAACACAUGCAUGCUAGCUUUGCCCUCUUUCAGUGCUGCUGGAUUUGGUGAAGGAUCACCUUGUAGUUUAGGACCACACGAGAGCUUUGAUAACUCUCAUGGUUUGACUUUGCAAAAUUCAGUUCAAGCUCCUGAUCAGAUGCAACACAACUCACUUGAUGGUCAACCAGAAUUAGGUGACAAGGCUGCUCUACAGAACUGUAUGCCAUCAAAUGCGCUGACAGAUUUGGGUAUUCAGAACACUAUUGCAAAUGAGGCAACACCAGCUCAAGCAGAAGAAUGCCUUGACUAUGAAAAAGAUGUUCCAAACUACUAUGAUCUAGAAGCUUUGAUUCUUGACCAGGAUCUCAUCCCGUGGGAUCAGGACUCUGAUUUGAUGCAUCCUGAAGUUACCAGAUUUCAUCACCCGGAAAGCAGGAAGGCAUUGAUUAGAUUGGAGCAAGGUGCUCGGUCUUAUAUAAACAGAGCUAUCAUGUCGCAUGGUGCUUUUGCAGUUAUUUAUGGAUUGCACUUGAAAUGCUACAUAAAGGAUCCUGAGGUUACUCUUGGAAGAGAGACAGAAGAUGUCAAAGUUGACAUUGAUUUGGGAAAAGAAGGGAGGGCAAAUAAGAUAUCUCGCCGACAGGCGGUUAUCAAGAUGGAUGAAUCUGGCUCUUUUCAUAUUAAGAACAUUGGAAAAUGUCCAAUCUUUGUUAAUAGCAAGGAAAUACCAGGCUGCAAACGCAUCAACUUAAGCUCUGACUCAUUAAUCGAGAUAAAGGACAUGAGGUUUAUUUUUCAUGUAAACCAAGACGCUGUGAGGCAGUACAUUGAUCGUAACCUGAAGCCAGAACGCUAG